UUUGUUCUCGCAAUAAAACUAUUAGCAGAAAGUUGCAACUUCAAGGAGUUCAAGGAUGAAGCUGUUAGAGAUAGACUCAUUAUUGGUCUUCGUGAUAAAAAACUUCAGCGUAAAAUAUUGAUGGAAGACGAAAUAACGGUUGAAGCAGUAGAAAAGUUAAUCAUUAGCGAUGAAGUUGCAAGCCAGAGAACCAGAGAAAUUGUUGAUCCGAACGACACAGGAGCUAUUUUGUCGGUUAGGCACCGUUUAGGUCAAAGAAAUAAUCACCGCGUUUAUAGACGUUCAGAGCAGCGAAGCAGUAGAUUCCGUUCAAGAAGUAGAAGUCAGGAUCGUGAUGGAAGUCGAUCUGGAAGUGGGGACAGGAACAAUGCGUUCAAGCGAGGUAAACAUGACUGGAAUGGACACAGCAAUGCAGUUUGUAAUUAUUGCAAACGCAUAGGACAUAUUAGGAAAAAUUGUUGGUUUUUAAACAAAAAUUCGGUGAAAUUCGUAAAACAGGUAGACUCUACUGACGAAGUACCAUUUGACAAAUUCAACAGAAUAAGCAUAAACAACUCUAGUGACGAAUCAGAUAUUAAUUGCAUGAAAAUUGGAAGUAACAGCAACGUGAGCGAACCAUGUUUAGUAGAGGUCAUAAUUCAAGGUCGUAGGUUGAUGAUGGAAAUUGACACAGGGUCAGCAGUUGCUGUGAUCAGUAAGACGUUGUAUAGAAAACUUUUUGAUUCUGUUGUUUUGACAAAAUGUAACAAGAAAUUGGUGGUAGUUAACGGUUCUAAGCUUGCCGUUGCUGGACAGCUUCUGGUAAAGGUCAGUCUUAACGGACGUAGUAGUUUGGAAAAACUUGUAAUUUUGAAUACCGAAUCUGAUUUUACCCCUCUUUUGGGAAGAGACUGGAUGGAGAGCUUCUAUCCAGAAUGGAAGUUACACUUCCUGAACCCUGGAGUUAUUAACCAUUUGGGCUUUGACACAUUUCGUGAAAAUGCAAUAGUUAACAUAAAACAAAAAUAUUUUAAAGUAUUUAGUAAGGAUUUUUGCGAACCUAUUUCAGGGUUCAAGGCUGAUCUUACUUUCAAGUCAGAGCAACCAAUUUUUAAACGUGCAUACCAGGUACCAUACAAGCUAAAGGAGAAGUUUUUGAAUCAUCUGGACAUGCUUGAGCAACAAGGAGUUAUAACAGCUAUCAAGGCUAGUGAAUGGGCUUCGCCUGUUAUCGCAAUUUUGAAAAAAGACGGAGAUAUACGCAUGGUAAUUGACUGCAAAGUCUCUUUGAAUAAAGUUUUAAUUCCUGACACUUAUCCUCUUCCACUCGCUCAGGAUAUUUUUGCAUCGUUAGCAGGAUGCAAAGUAUUCUGUUCUUUGGAUCUAACAGGAGCAUAUACGCAGCUCGAGCUAUCGGAUCGUUCAAAGAAAUAUGUUGUAAUUAACACUGUUAAAGGUCUAUACACAUUUAAUCGUUUACCGCAAGUGCGGCUAUGUUCCAGCAAGUCAUGGACCAAGUUCUGA